AUGAAGUUCACCCUCGUAACCCUCGCCGUCCUCUCUACCCUUGCCCAGGCUGCCCCUGCCCCGGCUGCCGUCCUCGCUGAGCGCCAGGGCGGUGGUGGGCAGUGGGGAGGUGGUGGCGGCUGGAAGCGCGACGAGCUUGAGGAGAGGCAAGGUGGCGGCGGCCAGUGGGGAGAGCGCCAGGGCGGAGGAGGCCAGUGGGGCGGCGGCGGCGGUUGGAAGCGUGAUGAGCUCGAAGCCCGCGACAACCUCGAGGAGCGCCAGGGAGGUGGUGGACAGUGGGGAGGUGGUGGUGGUUGGAAGCGCGAUGAGCUGGAGGAACGCCAGGGCGGAGGCGGCCAGUGGGGAGGAGGCGGCGGUUGGAAGCGCGACGAGCUCGAGGAGCGCCAGGGAGGCGGUGGCCAGUGGGGUGGUGGCGGAGGUUGGAAGCGCGACACCGAAGAGCUCGAGAAGCGCCAGGGAGGAGGCGGCCAGUGGGGAGGCGGCGGCGGCGGCCAGUGGGGAGGAGGCGGCGGGUGGAAGCGCGACCAGCGAUGCUGCCCUUGCGACGGCUCCGGAGACCCCAACGGAUGGAAGCGCGACACCGACCAGCUCGAGGAGCGCCAGGGAGCUGAUGGACAGUGGGGUGGUGGUGGUGGUUGGAAGCGUGACGACGGCGAGCUCGAGGAGCGCCAGGGAGCUGAUGGACAGUGGGGUGGUGGUGGUGGUUGGAAGCGUGACGACGGCGAGCUCGAGGAGCGCCAGGGUGGUGGUGGCCAGUGGGGCGGCGGCGGCGGAUGGAAGCGCGACCUCGAGGAGCGUCAGGGCGGCGGCGGCCAGUGGGGAGGCGGUGGUGGUUGGAAGCGUGACGACGGCGAGCUCGAGGAGCGCCAGGGUGGAGGUGGCCAGUGGGGUGGCGGUGGCGGAUGGAAGCGUGAUGAGCUCGAGGAGAGGCAGGGAGGUGGUGGCCAGUGGGGUGGCGGCGGUGGCUGGAAGCGCGACGCCGAGGCCGAGGCGGAGUAG